AUAAUAGUGCAAGUAUUGAGUACCGCUUUAACCUCAAUGAAAUGCUUUAAAACACAGGUAGAAAAACAUAAUAUAAAAUAUAAUCGAUUAGUUGGAUUUAAAUUAGAAGUAUAAUUUCCGUAGGUUGUGCCAUCAGUUAGAAAAGUGAUACCUAAUGUGUAUAUCAACAUAAAUAAUUGGCAAUUUUAAUUUGAAAAAUGAAUUUAACGUUUUGCGUAUUUUGUUGUUACGUUUGGUUGAGUUCAUCAGUUUAUGAUAAUAGUAUUGUAGAACAUGUGGGCAAAGAAGUACAAAAUUUAAGUUUUUUAUCGAGUAGAAAAAAUAUCGUCAAAAACAAAUGAUUUGUACAGGAUCUGGAUCAUUUUAACGUUACUGAUACUAGAACGUGGAAACAGAGGUAUCAUAUGAAUUUGAAAUACUAUAAAAUGGGUGGCCCUGUAUUUUUGUUGGUUGGAGGAAGCGAAAAAAUUUUACAUAGUUGGAUGAUCUCUGGGGCGUGGAUUGAAUAUGCUCAAAUUUUUAAUGCCGCGUGUUUUCAAUUGGAACAUCGGUAUUAUGGAAUGAGCCAUCCCACUGACGAUUUAAACACUUCAAAUUUAGUGUACCUGUCCACUGAACAAGUAUUAGCAGACCUGGCAAUAUUUAUAAAUACCAUUUCGAUUGAAAAAAAUCAACUACUGGGUAGUGCUAAAUGGGUAGGAUUUGGUUCAUCGUAUUCGGGAAGUUUAGUUGCCUGGUUAAUAUUGAAAUAUCCACACCUCGUAUACGCCGCAGUUUCGUCAAGUAGCCCUCUAACGGCGAAAAUACAUUUUGAAGAAUAUUUUAUGGCUGUCCAAAAAACAUUAUCAGUUUACAAUCAAAAGUAUGAAUUAAAUAUUAGACAAGCAAAUAAAAUUAUUAGCGAUCAAUUACAGACCGACUAUGGAGCAAAAUACAUCCAAACCAAAUUUAAUACAUGCGCUCAUAACUUAAACAAUGCUACGAAAAAUGUACAACAAUUGUUUAGAGACAUAUCUAGAUUUAUUGGACUAAUUGUACAAGAUGAUGAAGAUGACAGAGAGUACAAACAAAUUAUUGGAUCAACGGUAACAUUCGUAUCGCAUUAUGUGAUAGGUAUAAUGUUAGAUGACAUGUUAGGAAGUGCAGUAAGUAUUUCAGUAUUUUGAUUAAUGAACAACUUGUUCAAAAACAUGGAAUAAGACAGAUUAAAAUUUUAAGUAGGACGUAGGUAAUAUAGGUAUAUAUUUAUGAUUAUGAACGCAGCGUAUAAGUAUAAAUAGCAAUUAUUUUCUUGAAGACUUUAAAUCCAUUGACAGUUUAGUUAUCUCCUACAAUGAUAAAGAUUAAUUAUUUGAAAAUUACUGGUCUGAUUUACUAAAAUUACAUCACGAUAAUAUGGCCUCUCCAUGGUAAUUUUUUUAAGUGCUAUUGAAUAAAUGUUGCUUCGCUUAACCUCAAAAUCACCUUUAUUCCACCUUUAUGGAAGUUUAGUUUACUAAAUGGUAGAUUAAGAUAAGCCAAUAUAAAUCUAUCCAUACUGCAUUUCUGCUCAGAGAUCUAUAAAUAUAUAUGCUAGGUACCCAAUAGUCGAACCUCAUCAACGGCCAAAUAUCUAGCGCUAACAUUAGACGUAAACUAACGUGGGUCCCUCGCUUAAAAUUUAAAUUAAUUAAUUUAAAUUCUCACCUACGUUUAAUAUUUUACUUAAAUAAUGUACCUAUUAAUAAACUAUAAUAAUAAAUACACACACUUUCACACUAAGCUUCUUAUUUAUAAAUCUUUAACCAAAUCAAUUUUAUGCCAUAAGCUAUGGGGGAAAUUGCGAAAUGAUCAAACAUCAAUCAAAUUCAAACUUUCAAAAAUAUUGCGUUAAGAAAAUUAAUUUAUGUCCCUCUCAUACGUGCAAUGUAUUCCAAUCUCAAAUUGAAAAUCUUCAUGAAGAACGUCAAAUUUUUACAAACGCUUCUACAAGCAUCAAGCCCCCGUCGCUAAUCUAUUUGUAAAAAAUCUCAGUUCCUACAAUUCCAAUAAAUUUCCUCGAAAAAGACUCAAACGUGAAAUAUUAUGCCUUGUAAUCUGCUAGUAGCAUAUUACAAAGAAUUACUCUUUGUUUUGUACCUAUAUUUUUAUUAAUUUGUACAUAUAUCUAAAUAUCUUAUACGUACCUAUCG